AUGCAGAACACAGACGAACUGAGAAGGCGUGACGUGGCAGGGGGCCGGCUGCCGACCUCUUCAAACGCAAGGGCUCGGGCCUUUACUACCCCUACUUUUCCUGAAAUGUUUGAAGCAAAAUAUGGAAACAGACAUCCUCCCUUCUUUUCAGGCUCUCUUAGAGACGCGUUUGGUGAAGCGCGAGUGCUUCAGAAGCCUUUGGUUGUUUAUUUACAUGGAGAGGGGCCCUCCUCUGAUUUAACGUGCAGAGAAGCCCUCAGCAGCUCCCUCUUCAUUGAACUCCUCGAGACACACGGGUGUUUGUUUGCUGCGACUUGGUCGCGAAGCCGCGAGGGCGUCGCGCUGCAGCGGCUGCUGCAGCUGCAUGCAUUUCCUUGUUUAUUAAUAUUUAUCCCCAACCCUAUCUUCGCUAACUCUCCACCGAGAGAUCCUAACCUCAAUUGGCUUAGAGCUGCACACAACUGGCUCCAUACAGCUUUACAAGGUUCAUGGGGAGAAGCAGAAGCAGCAUCGCAUGCAGUUGGGGCUAUCGACCGUCUGGAGGAGCUGCAGCAAAUAUGCAAUGAGAAGCAAGAGGCUCUGAGACAGACACAAAUACUGCGUCGUGAACAAGAAGCUGCAUUUGAAGAGAUUCAGCGCCAAGAGUCUCUGAGACUCUCUCUUCAGCGAGAAGAGAAGAGACAGCAGGAGCAAGAGCUGCAGCGGCGGCAGCAGGAGGCGAGGAGACAGGAGCAGAAGAGGGCGAAGAUGCAGCAGCAGCAGCAGCUGCUGCAGCAGCAACGAGCAGCAGCAGCAGCAGAUUUCAAAGCGCAGGAUGAGGAGUGCAGCAAACUGCCUCCUGAGCAGAGGGCAACUAUUUGUCUUAAGCUUGCAUGCGGCAAGAGAAUAACUCGUAUAUUUUCUUCUUCUUCUUCUCUUUCUCUUCUUUAUCGCUGGUGUGGCUGUGUUGCUGAGUAUUGCGAGGUAAGGAGACAGCUGAGCUAA